AUGGAUUUGAUACGAGAUCAAGAUAAAAUAUUGCAGAUUAUGAACGAGUCGGACGACGAUGAUGAUUCACCGUUGGUUGGACCACUUGGUGUGCCUUCAGACUCCGAACUUGAUGACAACUUAAAGGAGGACUUGGUCGAAAAUACCGACGAAAGUGAAGAAAAAUCCUCAAGUUCUUCUGACGAAGAUAUGAAUGUUUCCCGGAUAAACCAUAACAGAAACAGGAUCCUAGAUUCAGAUGAUGAUUCUUUGGAGUACUUGCAGCCUUGUCCACCCAUAGUUUCUCAGCAGAACCCGGUAAUACAACCAGAGAGACCAUUCAUUUAUAGAAAAAACAAAUAUAAGUGGGCGAAACUCCACGCUCUUCAAACACUCAUGCAUCAGCUCGAAACAUUAUUCAUUUUGUACCUGGCCCUAACAGUGAUGCACGUGAUUUGGUAG